GACAUUGACAUCCAUGAAAUUGUCAUUGGUACUCAAUUUUAAAACUAAACUGAGGUUAUUUUGGAGUAAGCUUCAUUAGAGUUAUUAAUUUGUUCAUUUGUCCUUUAAAAUGCUGUUCAUAUGGUUGUGCAUUAUAUUUGUACCUUGUAUUCUAAUACCUGUAGUUGUAUACCUAAGGUCUUUACCAAAAAAAUCUGUAAAUGGGAAACAUGUAGUUGUGAUAGGAGGUUCUAGCGGAAUAGGGAAAAGUGUAGCCAUUGUAGCAGCGAAAGAAGGUGCUAAUGUGACAAUUAUAGCUAGAAAUGUAGAAAAACUGAAUUACGCUCAGAAAGAAAUUGAAUCUUAUAAGUGUUGUAAAGAACAAAUUAUCAGCAAAAUUUCAGUGGACAUUUGCGAUUAUGAAUCUUUAGAACAAAAUUUUAGCAAAAUAGAAACUAUAGUAGGACCUAUUUUCAUGAUGGUCAACUGUGCUGGAAUGGCUAUAUGUGGUGAAGUAGAAAAAUUCACUUUGGACGAAAUUAAACAACUGGUUGAUAUUAAUUUCCUAGGAAGCCUCUAUUCUGUAAAAGCUAUUGUACCAAAAUUCAAAAUGAGAAAAGAAGGAAUUAUAGUUCUUACGGGGUCCCAGGUAACUUUAAUGGGAAUGUAUGGGUAUUCUGUAUAUUCAAGUUGUAAAUUUGCCCUGAGGGGUCUAGCUGAAUCCCUUUAUAUGGAAGUGAAACCUUAUAAUAUAUCUGUCACAUUAGCUCUACCUCCUGAUACUGACACUCCAGGAUUUGCAAACGAAAAUAAGACUAAACCUACUGAAACUAAAUUGAUAUCAGAUACUGCAGGACUUGCAACUCCAGAAAAAGUGGCAAAGAAACUUGUUAAUGAUGCUUUGACAGGCAAAUUCUUUAGUUAUGUUGGAUUUGAAUCAUAUAUGGUAACUACCCUAUGUACUGGUAUGAGCCCUUUUUCCACAUUUCUUGAUGUAAUAAUGGAAGCUACUGUAUUAGGACUUUUGAGAAUAAUUAGUGCUUUCUACAUAAUAUCUUUUAAUAAUAUUGUGAAAAAAUGUCAUGAAAACAAAACAAAAAAAAUUAUGUAACUGAAAUUUGUAAAUUUAAGUUAUCCUGUAUUUUAUUAUAUUUAUUAUUGUUAUACAUUUAUACAUAUUUCUUGUAUUGUAUUUGACCAUAAUUUCAGUCCUUGACGAUGAAUACAUAAGUAUACGAAAGCUCGGAAAAUAUAUUAGUUAGUUAGUAUUAUAAGUUAGUCCACUUUGGUGUUUCCUGGCCAGAAUCAAUAUUUCAAGUAUUCAAUAUUUCUAUCAACGCCAAUUUCAAUAUUGAAUUUUGAAUUUUUGAAGUUUAAAAAUUUUUACAAGCAUUAACAAUAUCCAACAUCUUAAUUAAUUAUUAUAAGUAAAAUUUUAUUAUUGUUAUUACAUAUUUUUACAUAUAUAUAUAUAUAUAUAUAUAUAUAUAUAUAUAUACAUAUAUUGAUGGAAAAUGUUUCAUUUUGCAAUGUGGCCACCACUUUCAGCAUAAUUGUAGAUACUGGUCCCCUAACAAUCCUCGUUGGAUACGUGAAUCCCCACACCUAAUAUCCUGAAAAACUGAAUUUAUGGAUUGGAAUAGUAGGCGACAAAACAAUUGAUUUCUUUCUUUUUUUAUUGAGGGUAAUGUAAAUGGUCCUAUGUAUUGAUAUUUAUUGGAAAAUAAUAUUUUAUCUGAGUUGGCCCGGAUAUUACCAAAUUUAAGUGAGUAUUUUAGAUUACAUUUGAAAAAAACUUCAUUAUUAACAAUAUUCAGACGAUAACAAUAUCCCAAACGACAAUAUUUGGCUAUGCGUGUGUGGUGAGGCAAUACCUAGUAAUGUGUUUCCCAGAAGAUGGAUCACCAGACAUAAAACGUUUAGACUAUUUCCUGUGGGAUCACUUAAAAAACAUAGAGAAUAUUGCAUGAAAAAUAAUCAGUUUUCUUAAGGAUUUCUGAUUUUAGGUCUGUUCUUUUUUAUAAUUAGUUUUUUUUUUAAAUUUUUAAAAGAAAUAAAUUUUGAUGUUUCCACUUUUCUUUAAGUAUUUAUCAAAAUAUGAUAGUGACACUGAGAAUUUGCUUAUUUUUAUUGAUCUAUAGAUCAUCUUCAUCAUGAAUAUCAAAAUAAGGAUAAAAUCAACUUUGAACCUUGUUCUAAUAAGAAAAAUCAAUUUUUCCUUGGUCCCUACAUCUCAAAUAUAUAGCAGUAAUCCUUUAAAUUAUUUGUAGUUUUAUUAGAAUUUACAAAAUAGAGCUAUAAAUUUUACUUAAAUUAUUUAGAUCUUUUUUAGCAUUUAUAGCUUUUUCGUUCUUAUGAAUGUGAACCAUUGAACAAUUGUGAAUUGAAGUUUUUCAUGAUAAGAAUUGAAUUUUUUACUUAUGUUUUCAAUUUGAUUCUUACAGAUUCGUACAGCAGUAAUGCAAUCAUCUACAUAUCGGAAAAAGAAUGGAAUAUUUAUAUCAAGUUUGCUUAGAACAGUUUCCUCAAGAUCUUCCAUUACCAAUUGUGCUACGAGCCCCGUCCCAUUUCAGUUGACCCACUUAGAAAAAUUCGAAAUUAUUAAACUUUAUUUUAAAAUGCCAAAAAGUAGCUGUUAGUAAAAUGUUUUAAAAUUUUAGUUUUACGUCUAAAAUAGGUUUUGGAUGAAUAUUGUCAAAUAUUUUGAAUGAUAUUUAAUAUGAUGGAAAUAGAUAAUAUUUUUUUAUGCAUAUACAAGGGUACAUUGUUUCGAAAAUUGUGUUCAAAGUUUCAUUAGGUCUAAAAUUCGCAAAUAAUAAAGUAGGCUGUGUAAGUCAUAUUUUCACAAAAUGUUUUUUUAAGUGACAGAUAGAUUUUUGAAAUAAUGUGAGUAUAAUUUUUAAAAUGGGUAGAGAGGAAAAGUUAUUGAUGAAAAAAUUCGAUUAAUCAUAAACUUAUUAAAAAAUGUGGAGAAGAACUCAGAAAAGUUGUAAACAUGUCAAAAUACAGUGUUCGAAAUAUAAUUCGCUUGUAUAAAGCAAAUGUUUCGAUUGUCCCUAAAUGCCGGUACGUAAGAAAAUCGAAAUUGUCAGACAAAGUUAAACGACCGUUAAAAAGAAUAAUUCAACAAAACAGACUUGCUAACUAUGGUCACCCCAAGUGUGGAAUUUUGAUCGCCAGUUAUACCAAGGUCAUAGAGAAAUUUUAGUGCCUCACGAAAAAAACUGAACACGACCGAGAAGCAUUCGCUGAUAAUUGUCCAGCUUAUAUAGAUAUUUGGUCUGUUUAAUGUAAUAUUAAAAAAGAUUAAAUAAGUUUUCCUUGUAGUAACGCGCAUACUUUGGAUCGGUUAAUUGUAUCAGUGUAGUAAGCUUCCACGUACAGCUCUUUACUAUGAACCAGACUGAGUGGAGUAAAUAUUAUUCAUAAUUUUUUUUUAGAAAAAUAGUUUAGACAUGUACCACUAUCAAAUACAGGACUCCUGCUACCAUAUGUGCAAAGUGUGCAAUUCAAACGGACGCCAAAACCCAGGGUAGAAAAAAAUUUCAAAAAAAACUGCAGAAAAAAACAAAAAAUAAUUUUAAAAUAUAAGUUUAGAAAUUCGAUAGGAUUAGGUAUAAAUAUACAAGAAAUUUUAUUAGUUUAUCAUCCAGUUACUGUCUAUUCCUGUGUUGCGAGAACAAGCCAGGUGGUAGUUUCUUAAUUGUUCAUGUUCUGAUAUGAAUAAUGCCUGGAGUUAUAUAAAAGCGAUGCUUCACCAGAGAAGUUUUCAAGUUGGUUAAUUCACUGGUCCGUGCAACAAAUGAAUAAAAACAAGUAAUCCUAUUAGUUUUUACAUUUGAAGUUAUUUUUAUUUUAUCAAGUGUUGUAUAAUUAUUCGUUUAUUACUUUUUUUCUAAAAAUUAAAGUGCUGAAUACCUGCUGACUGCAAUUUCAACGGUUUGAUUUUUUAUAAAAUGGUAAGUCUUCCCUAGUUUAUAGGAUACUGGUUAUAUUUCAUUUUUUUACCCAAAUAUCUUUUUAUUAAUUGGAAUGUCAUGUAGGAGUUUAAAAAAGUAAUUGGUUUUUCAUCCAUAACUGGCUUACUUUUUAUGCUAUCGAUCUUUUUAAAAAACCAUUUCGUACGGUUUUUUAGGGCUCUAAGAUCAAAUCAGUUUAAUAUAGGAAUUAGGGGAAAAUAGCUGAAUCUUCUUGUAAAACAAUUAAGAUUCCACGUAGACUAUCGAUGCGACAGAAUUUCAAGAUUCUAAUUCCGUAAUAUCAACACCACCAAGUGAUCUAGAUAAAAAUGAUAUUAAACACUUAUAGACAGAAAAUUCGAAAACCUAAAUCCCCAUAUGCGUUCAGAGAGGUCUAAUCAAACUAAUAGGCAAAACUAAUAUAUGGGUAUUUAGCAAUUUAGACUCUGAUGAUGGUGAGCUUUAUGACAAUGCAAUUAAACUUUUACAGGAAAAUUAAAAGCAUGCAAUUUAUAAACCUCUACUCAAAAAAAAUUAUUCGCAAUAAUAAUAGCUUACUAUUUAUCGAAAAGAAGACAUAGUAAUUCGAAAUGCAGCAAAAGAGGGGAAUUAGAUUUCCACCCAUAAAAAUAAUUACAUUAUGUUUUCAUCCUACGGUAGUAGGAGUUACGAGCUGAGAAUUUGCUAAAUAUGUAAAAUAUAAUAUAUCAUACUUAGAAUUGUACACUUGUCUUUGUGUUAACUGUUAAAGAUCUUAUUUUCAGUUUUUAUCUGUCCGAUUGUUAAAUAUUUAUCUACAAAAUGCUUGGUAUUUUAAGGUUCUUCUAAAUUACUUUUCGAACAUGAUAAUGGAAAUUUUCUAACAUCUGUUGAGAUGACUGCUUCUUUUGAUUCAGUAAUGAAUCAGCACGUUAGCCGACUGUGUAACUCCCAAAAAAAUCUGUUAGAAUGACACACUUAGUCUGGUUCAUUAUAAAGAACUGUGCAUAAGUACUCACUGCCCUGGUACAAUUAGCCGCCCCAAAGCAUCCAUUAUACAGAGUGAGUUUAAUGUAUGGAACGCCUCAAUUAUCUCAGAAAAGGCUAGUAUGAUUUUUAUAAAUUUUUGUGCGCUCAGAUCUUUUGAUACAGCCGGUAUUAUGGUGGUAUCUAUAUUGUUGUAAAAUAUUUCAUUUUUCUGGAAAAAUAAUGAAUGGAUCACCCCAUAUAUUUAGUGUUUUUAGAAAUCCUUAAGAAAUACUGAUUAUUUUUUAGGCAAUAUUUAGGAGUUAUAGCUACAUUUACAAUAUCUCCAUCAAAGUUACAAUAAAUAUUGUACAUUUAGAUGGCUACGAUUGAAUAAACUCGUUUAAUUUGAAUAUUCUUUAAUAAUUCAUGUGCUGACACAAAUCUCCCAACAAGGUCUAAUGUCAGUAAGUUAGUAAAAAGUUUAAUGAAACUGGUGCAGUAAAAUAUUUAUCCAAAUCAUGGCGCAAGUUAUGUUAAUGAACAUCCCUUAUUAAUCUUUAUUGCAUAACGCCGACGAGGCAUUUUGUAAAACAUAUAAAUAUUGUAAACUUAUAAUAGUAUCAGAUUCUGUUUUGUCAAUGUAUUGAAUAAAAGUUUCUCAACGUGUAA